AUGGUUUUGAAACUUGAAAGCUAUACAAUCCAAGAGAUUGAGAAAUUAAUCAAAGAAACACCUGAAUUAAUCAAUGAGCCUGUUAAAACAAAGAGAAACUAUACUCCUUUAAUGACAGCCGUGUCAAAUGGUGACACCAAAAUAGUGGAGUUAUUAGUCAAUUGUGAAAAUAUUGACGUUAAUAAAAAAGAUGAAUCUGGAGAAUCAGCCAUUUCUCAUUGUUUGUUUUCAGUAUGUAAUAAGGUCACUGACGAAAAUCGGGUGAAGUGUCUAAAAACCAUAUUAGACUCUGGAAAAUGCGAUAUUUACGACUUUCAUAAAGAACAUAAUCUAACUCCUUUGAUGAUUGCAGCUAUGCUAAGUGAUGAUGUAUGCCUAGCUGAAAUAAUAAAGGCAGGUUAUUCUUCCUAUCAUGCUGAAGAUUAUGAUGUUGCAAAAAUAAUCAAGAAUCAUUUUGCAGCAAAAAAAGAUGAGGCUAAUAAUGAUGAUAAGGAUAAUGAUGAUGAAGAUGCUAGUGAUGUAGGCUCAGAUUCCGAGGACAGCAGUGAUGAUGAUGUGAUGUUUCGAAAGCGUCGCAGACAUAACGAGGAUAGUCUGUUUAAUGAUGAAUUUGCUCCGAUUAAGAUGUACAUGAAUCUUGCAAAUAGAAGUCUAGAUCGUACAACUUAUAAAACAUUUUAUAAAAAGAACUUUGGAAAGAGUAUUGAUCUUUUCGAUUACAAAAAAGGCAAAACUGCAUUAAUGUAUUGUCUAAGUUAUUAUAUUGAUAACACUGUAGAAAAACAGUUGGCCUGCAUUAAGUUAUUAGUAGAAGCUGGAGCUUGUGUUGAUGUUGAAGAUAGUCGAAGUAAUAGACCCAUUGAUCUGGCCAUUAAUGAUUACUAUCCUGCCGAUGUCUCCAUCAUAAGGUACUUAAUAUCCGUUGGUUGCAAGUAUAAUCUAGAAUAUGAUUUUUUGCGAGCUGCAAAAUUCAUGUAUGUUGACAUCAUGAGGAUUUUUAUUGAAAUGGGCAUGGAUCCAAAGUGGACAAAUGGUCAGGGUAGAAAUUUCCUACAUUGUUUUUUCUUAAACAAUGCCAAUGAACAUUCCUUUAUGGAAGAUGAGUUGAAAGAAAAACGAAAGAAGUUGCUUCAUUAUUUGAUUCAUGAUUUAAAAGUUAAUAUGAAUGCCCAGGGCUCUACACCAAUUUUUGCCCUUGCAUUCAUCAGUUAUAUGAAAGGAAUAGACUUUCCGUUUUUAUAUUUAGUAUCAGAGAAUAUUGAUUAUAAUAUUUUAACAAGUGAAAUAGAAGUCGAGUUAUAUCAUUAUAAAUUUCAAGAUACUGUAGAUAUGUGUCUCUUGGACAAAGUCGUGGAUGAAUACAAACUACUGUAUGAUAUUGGAGUUCCUUACAAUAUCAGUCGUAAAUUACAUAAUUGUGACAAUUUUGAAGGCGAAAAUGAACCAAAGGAUGAAACUAAACAAUGGUUGAAAGAGAUUGUAGACAAACCAGAUACUUUGGUAAGAAUAUGUACAUUCAAACUUAGGAAGUUAUUAGGAGAUGAUAUCAAAACUAAAGUUUCCAAGAUGAAUUUACCAGGACCACUUAAAGACAAGAUUCUUUUGAAAGAUGUUUUACCUGCUGACUGUUUUGAGGAUAAUUGGGCAUAA